GUGAGUAUGUACAGACGUAUGCCGUCACUUCAGGCCCGUGCCUUCGUCCUCACUUCCCGCUGUUUCUGUUUCAGGUGAUGGACGCUCAGAAGGAAGCUCUGCGCAGGAUCAUCAGCACAUUGGCCAAUAAGAACGAGGAGCUCCAAAACUUCCUGGAAGCAGUUGACCACACGCUGACGGGCCUGCAGGAGGAGUCAUGCAAGGUGAUGUCAGACUUGGAGGCAGAGUUGGAGAAGCUAAACUCUGCCCUGGAGGAGAAGGGGGCGGAGCUCCGUUACAUAAUCAAAGAAGAGAAGCAAAGGAAGGAGGCGGAGCUUCAGAAGCAGCUGUCGGAGGGCAAGUUUGCUCUGGUCUCUUGCGAGGAGCUUCUUGACUUUGCAAAUCAAACACUGACGAUCAACACUGAAGAAGAAUUUCUCGCGGCAGCAAAACAAAUCAAAGAGCGGGUAACAAUGGCACCGGCGUUCCGCCUAACCACUCGCCCUGCGGUGUCAGACAACAUGUCACAAUUUACCGUGGACUUCAGUGCGGAGAGAGCGGGGCUUCAACGACUUCACUUUCUGCCAGUGCCGAGAGCUCCACAGAUCGAUGCCUCCAGUUGUGUAGUCCGUGACAACGCCAUCACGGUCACCUGGCGACCGCCUGGUGAGGCAGACAGUGGUGGCGAUAGCAGCAGCAGACCAAUCGAACGUUACGACCUAGAGUACCGAAAAACGGACCGUGACAGCACACUGAGAGUGGCAGGAGAGGCAUGCUGGGAGAAAGUCUGUGACAUUAUCGAACCUCAGGUCACCAUCUCAGGUUUGAAGUUCGAUUCGCGCUUCAUUGCCAUUCGAGUCCGAGCUAGAAACAAAGCGGCGGCUGGCGAGUUCUCAGAGCCUAUCGCCAUAGAAACAGCAGCGUAUAACUUCAGCUUCGACGCUUCAACAGCGCACGCUGAGCUCAAGGUUCAGGGUGACACGGUGACCUGGGAGCCUCAGGGGGUCAAAGGUCAUGAUCCUCGCCUGCGAGGCAAAGAGAACAAAAGCAGCAGCCGGAGCGCCACGCCAUCACCCAAUAAGACGGCUGCAAGCCGAGGAGGACGCGAUCGAUUUGCUGGGGAGUCAUACACAGUGCUGGGUGACCAGGAGAUGACUAAUGGUUGUCACUACUGGGAGCUCCGCCCCCUGGCUGACUGGAAAUCGUUCAGUGUAGGGGUGGCCUAUCGGGGCAGCCUGGGACGCUUUGACCAAUUAGGGAAGGGCACCGGUUCGUGGUGUCUCCACGCCAGCCAAUGGCUGCAGAGCUCUCUUGCCGCAAAGCACAACAACCGAGCAAAGACACUGGAUUGGCCGUUACCUCAGCGAAUCGGAAUCUACUGUGACUAUGACAAUGGUGAUUUGUUGUUUAUUGAUAUAGAUCGUCUUCGUCUUCUUCACGCCUUCAAAACAAAGUUCAGCCAGCCGCUUGUCCCCGCCUUCACCGUUUGGUGUGGUGGUAUCACCAUAGCGACAGGUCUUCAGGUGCCGAGCUUUAUGGGAAAUUUCCUGACGACCAACCGGAGCCUCAGCAGCCUUUCCCCGUGAUCGACUGAUGAGCGGUUUUAUUUUAAGUCAUAUCAUUCUUAAAAUCAAUAAGUUUCUAUCAGAUUUAUUGCUAUUGAGCAUCAAUUUUACAACAGUUUUUACUCUACUGUGAGGCUUUUAUUGUGAAAGUCUGGAACUGAAGCCAUAGUAUGUAGCUGUGGAUUUUCCUUUGAAAUCUGCACCUAGAUGUAAUUUAUUUUCAAGUUCUGUGUUUGUCUUGUAAGAUACUAUUAUUCUGAAAGAGUGGACUAGAGACAGAGCUGCACAUUGCUACUAAACUUUAUUUUGAAACUUCUUCUGACCACAUGACUGACUUUUAUUGUGAAGGAACCAGGGUAUAAGAUUUUAUCAAAUCAUUAAUUAAAAAGUGAAUUUAUUGAUCUGACCAGAAUCAAUGUUUUCUGUCAAUGAACACAGUUUCAAAAAUAAAAGCACACACGGUGAUCCCAUCAAAAUAAAAGAUGAAUAAUUUACAGAAUCUUUUUACAGUGUAACACCACCCAGCAGCCAAUCAGGAGAGAGAAAGUGUGACAUCAGCCGUUUGGGACAAAUUAAAAUAAUUCAGGAUUAUUGAUCUGAAGCUCCUCUUCAUCACUUCUCCUCAGACAAUCCUCUGUGCUCGUCUUUGUCUCGCCUGUUCUUCGCCUCCUCUGCCUUCCUCCUGCAGACCUCAUAGAGGCGAAAGGCAGCAAAGGCGGUGGCGAGCAGACAGGCAGCUCCCAGGAUUGACCACCAUCUGAAGGAGGAGGAGGAGGCUCCCUACAGAGAAGAAGGGGAGGACGGCGUGAGGAGGAGGUCUCGUUGAACCCAAAAUCAAAAGUCUGACGGUUACCUUGAUGAAGCUAUAGACUCCAAAACAGAGGAGGAUCAUCACAGCGAGGAUCUGAACGCAAACGGGAGGAUUGGAGUCAGCUGCCAUGAUUGGUCCUUUUGUUAAAUGUCACAAGCCAAUCAGAACACUUGAUUUCAGAUUUAAAAUCAAUUUUUAACUUUACCUCUGUUUGUUUAUAAAGUCUUUUAUUGUAAAAAAUCCUGAAGCAUGCUUUUAUCCUCUGAAGUCACAGGAUA